AUGAUGGAGUCGGUGUCUCCAAGGAUAGCUUUGAUGGCUGCACAACAACGUCAAGUACUAGAAACUACUGGGAGAUUGGUAACGCAAGGUGUCCAGACCGUUUACUCCGAGGGAGAGGUGGUCACGGGUGGUGUCGAUAUAGGAAGCCAGACCGAAAAAUUCUUGGUUGAGGACAAGGCCAAUACUGAGGCAUCGGAAAAGGCUGUGGGCGAGGAUGUGGCCUACAAUGAUACGUCGAAGGGUACGGUCUCGGUGCCUGUUCAGGAUUGGUGCGAGAAGCCUUGUCCCGAAGAAGAGAUAGAAAUCGACUGUGUGAGAGAGCCAGAACAUUAUUGCGUGGGAUGUGCAGCUGCAUUUGCCCAUUUGGAUGUCUCCACCUUCGAUCGCCCUUGUGAUAUUUGCUCUGCCCCGACUGGGUGUGCCGGCCUGAGAGCGGAUGGGCCUCUCAUGACUAAUGAGGAGUUAGAGAGAGCCAACUUGAAGCUCCCGGCCGAAUCACAGGCUAGAGUUCCCGGCACGUCUAAGCCGAAAGGGAAGGAGCUUAUUAAGGGAGAGGAGUGGCCCCCAGCUGCUUGGGAGCAUGUAGGUGGUUUCGAAGGAGAUGAUAUAUGCCAAGAUCCCUUACGGUUUGCGGUCCCAGAUUUUCUGGACGAGACGGUUAAGUUACCAGAUAUAUGUGAGAGCCCUACGGAAGCGCAACAACCAGUUGCCGACUUAUGUGAGGAGUUCAAGGAUCUCUUUGUGUUACGUCCCGGACGUUGUACUCAAGCUGAGCACUCGGUCGAGACUGGGACGACUCGCCCAAUUUGUGAGAGGAUAAGGCCUAUUCCUCACAAGUAUCGUGAUGAGAUCUCGGCACUACUGAAGGAGAUGGAGGAGCUUGGAGUUAUUAGAAGGAGUACGUCGGCAUGGAGGUUCCCGUGCGUCUUCGUUCCGAAGAAGAAUGGUAAAGUCCGGAUGUGUAUUGACUACAGGAACCUCAACAAGGCAUGCCAUACUGAGGCGUACCCUGUGCCCCGGCCCGACGACGUGCAAGAGCACCUGGCUGGUGCACGAGUGUUUUCGACUCUCGAUUUGAGAAGUGGUUACUGGCAGAUCCCGGUUCGCAAGGAGGACCAACGGAAGACCGCCUUCUGCCCCGGUCCAGGCUUCCCAUUGUAUGAGUGGGUGAUGAUGCCCUUUGGUUUGGCAAGUGCCCCGGCUACCUUCCAGCGAUUGAUGGAUGCUAUUCUGGGACAUCUCCCUUUUGUGAGGGUCUACCUUGAUGACGUCCUGAUCUUUAGUAGAUCCGAUGAAGAGCAUCUGGAGCACUUGAGGAUCGUCUUUGAGCUUCUACGGGCGGCUGGUAUGACGGUGGCUGCUGAGAAGUGCGAGUUUAUGCAGGAUCGAGUGACCUAUUUGGGUCACAUGUUCAAUAGUACUGGUAUGAGUCCCGACUUGGGUAAGGCCGAGGUUAUCUUACGGUGGCCUCUACCUCGGACUGCCCCGGCCCUUCGAUCCUUCUUAGGGCUGGCAGGGUACUAUAGGAAUUUUGUCCCGCACUUUGCGGAUAGGUCUCGGUGUCUGUAUGAAAUUGUGAACUACUGCACGAAGAACAAGGUUGUGGAACUCGGAAAUCAGUGGGGCAAGGAGGAAGAGCUGGCCUUCAAUGACCUGAAGCAGUGGAUAGCCAGCCUCCCCUUGUUGGCCUACCCAGAUUUCUCGAGACCAUUUCAGCUCAUGACCGACGCCAGCGAUGUAGCGAUAGGGGCUGUGGUGGAGCAGGACGGAAGGCCUUUAGCCUUCUUCAGCCAGUCCCUGACCCCUACCCAGAAAGUCUGGCCGGUGUAUGAGCGGGAAGCCUAUGCUAUCUUCAAGGCAUUGGAACGGUUCAGACCGUUGCUCUGGGGUUACCAUUUGGAGUUGGUCGUCUUUUCGGAUCACAAGCCUUUGGAAUGGAUACAGACGGCUACGACGGCGAAAGUGCAACGCUGGCUCAUUAGUAUGUCCCAGUUUAAGUUUAAGGUAUUUUACAAGAAGGGUAAGCACAACGUCGUAGCUGAUGCCUUGUCCCGGAUUACUACAUCCGACGACAAAGUGGCAGAGCCAGAUCUUGGAGCACUCCAGCGUGAGCUGCAAGGUACACCUGCCCUGGUGACAGAUAAGUUGUUGACUGACGACAGGGAGGCCGACGUGAUGGAGAAGGACAAUUUUGCCCCUGCUUGUGUUCUCACCCUCUGUGAGCAAUGGUCAACAGCUGAUUUGGUACGUGAGCAAGAGUUGGAUCCUGUUCUUCGGGUGGUGAGAGAUAGGGUCCGGANNNNUAAGCCUGAGAUGGUGAAGAGGACUUGCGCGUAA